GUCCUUUUACUAGAAUAAUCAACCAUUCUUACGAUGUCGUUCAAUGCAUCGUAAAGUGUAUGGCUGUAAUUAUAAAACGGUUUAAGCUAUAGAUAAUCUUACAGUAUGAAUUUUAAUUAUUUGUUGUCUUGCGUAACAGCUACCUUACGGCUGUUCAAUACUUGGCGCUCGUUUUAGUCCGGUUUCAUGCUGACUGGUUUGUUUUAUUUCCCCCGGCAAGUUAAAACGUGUUUAGGGUGAUGCCGGGGUUAAGCAACAGAAAACUGCGCGGGGAAGGCUAGAAACCGAUCCCAAAGCCUUAGCAGCAAGGUGCGAUCAUAAUAAGGAAAUACACGUAUCUGUGGAUUUAUAACAUGACAGUCGCACUGUGGGAUCUGCAAGGACAAAUCCCGCCGGAGCAUCGAAACGCGAAUACAAAGAGCGCAUUUGUACGCGGCCCCUGUCGUCAGCGGCGUUAACCUGUGGUACUUAAAAACAAUUGUUAGGGGUGAGCACAGCCUGCAGUAGAAGCGGAUCUGGAAAAAAAAGAUUAAAUGAUAGAUUUUCGCCCGGCCUAUUGAAAAGUUCGGGUUUUGUCACACUUCGCCACCAGGCACCACCUCCAUUUGUUAGCGCUGUUGCCGAAUUUCCUGUUGCAGUUUGGUUAUUAUACUGUGCUGGAAAGGUAAAAGUGUUUCCCCUAAAUGGCUGAAGCUAGACUUGAAGAAGAGGAGGAGGAGUUGAGAGAGCUCAGAGAUGCGGUUGUUUUGCGGAACCGAAAUCCAGCGACAGAACGAUCGGAGCGGAACAAGCCGGAACAUCGGCUCUCGGGUCAAGGAGCCCUGUUGUCUAUCAGAGCGGCUAUCAAAAGAACGUCGAGGGGCAGCGCCCAGAAUGACAUCCCCCGUGACCGAAGGAGACCAGAGAUAACCAUUCUGUCAGCGGAACCUCUGACUCCGGGUCACUGGUUCCCUGGAGGUUCUGGGGGCUUUCCUCCACCGCCCCCUCCCUCUCAGCAGAUCUGGGGCGGACGCAUCCCAGCAGAGGGCUUGCCCCCACCCUCCUAUGACCAGGUGAUCAAAGAGAAAACAAAGGAACAAGUGCCCCCACCCUCAGCCACACCGCUUCGCACCACCGCCACCACCACUACUAGCACCACUACCAUCGCCACACAGACUGACUUUGAACCAGAGGAGGAGUCAUCUGUCCCAGAAUGCACUGCAACUACCCCGGACACUAGAACAGCUGAAUCUGCUGAUAAAAAGUCCCAUAAACCUCCCAGACCAUCCCUGCCUUCAAAAGUUAAGCGAACUCCAAGUCAGCUUGGGACUACACAGGGAGUACAGACUCCCCCUGUCAGUCAGGAAUCUGGAAACCGCACUUUGGGAUCCAACCCGAGCGACCCCUUCCUGCCUGGGGAGGGUGCCCCCUCCACCGAGCCCCCUAACCCCGCCCCCCCCACAGAGCGCCCAGUCUCUGCCCCACUCUCUGAAUCUCUGUGUUAUCCCACUCCGCUUCCCCGCACCAGACCCAACUUGCGGCCGCUCACUCGAGAGGUCAAAGUUCAGACGUUAGUGCGACUGAAGGAUGACGGGGACAAUGGCCAGCUGAUCCCUGCUGGUGGAGAGGCGCCCGAUAGCAAGUACCUUCAGGAGCUCCUGGACGUGUUUGGCGAGGGCGACGUGUGCGACACCGCGGAGGGCAGCGAGGUAGAGUCUGACGACGACGACGACGACGACGACGACAUGAACGCCCUGCACAGCCACCGGAACAUCCGAGCCAAAAUCCAGGCCUUCGAGAAGCAAACUGGCACAGAUGGAGGAGACAGCGAGGCCCUGGUGGGAGAGCCGCAGGCCAAGCCUCGCUACCAGCUGCCAAAACCCCCCGUGUUGGCACCAAAGCCAGCCCUUUCAUCUAAGCCCUCUAACUGGACCUUCUGGGAGGACAACUCUGCAGUUGUGUCCACCCCUGUCCCUGCCCCCAGGCCCACCCAACCCCCCGCCCCCAAGCCACUUCUUCCCCAGUGUACUGCAGAGAAUGGAGGCUCCGCACAGGCCCCGCCCUCUUCUUCUUCGGGGGUGUCCGUUCUCGCCCGGGUGAAGAACCUCAUGGCCCAAGAGGAGCAGCCCCUUGUAGCACGCCCCACAGUACAAGCUAAGCCCAGCCUGCCAAUCCCAGCUAGCAGCAGCCUUGAUGACUGGACCACGCCUGCAGGCACUGCCCCAGCCAAACCGCUCCGCUCUGUUCAGAACCCACCGAGCCGGCCCGGUAUCUCCCGGAAGCCCACGAUGAUCAGAGUAGCCAGCAAAUCAGAAACACAAUUGGAGGACAUGUUUCAGGACAAUACAUCUCCCUCGACCCCCCUGUGGCCUGCAGGAGACUCUUUUCUGACCGGCCAAAAGUCCAGCCUCUCGUCUAAGUCCACCUACCAAACCCCGGUGCAGGAAUUCGGUAAUUCAGAGUGGCCCGACAGCUCCGCGAUAUCCCUCCCCCCUCGACCCACAGGGGGCAAGGUCCUUCCACUCUGCCCCCCACCAACUAAAGCAGCACCAGGAAGGCCCCCCCCUCCACAGGCAGGCAGCCCCCGACAUCCCUCCUUCCAUGGAGGAAGAAGUGCAGCUCCUAUCAGGCAGCGUCAGGGGACAGCUAAGCGGGGUCCUGUUCUGCCCCCUAGACCCAACCCCGGACACGUCCUAUACAACAAAUAUACACUUGGGCUCCCACACGCAAUUGCAGAGUUCAACUACCGUGGCAGCAGUCCAGGGGAAGUCUCUUUCCAGAAAAACGAGGUUCUGCUGCUGCUGGAGCAGAUCGACGGUGACACGUUCGAGUGCCAGGUGGGGGACAGCAAGGGCCGAGUACAGAAAUCCUACAUGAAGAUCAUCACUCCUCUGCUUGAUGUCUCUGACUAUGAGCAGGAGGCACUUGGCAGAGGUCAAACAUAUAAGGGCGGUUCUGGAUUACAGGCGCAGGCGCUACAUGAUUUUACCGCAGAGAGUGCUGAGGAGCUGAGCCUGCGGACGGGUGACGUUGUAUCCAUGGUGGAGCAGGUGGACAGUGAUUGGUACCGUGGUACCUGUAGGGGGCAGUCUGGCUUCUUCCCAGUCAACUAUGUGAAAGUUCUGACUAAUGUUCCCAUGCCAUCAAAAGGGAAGACAGUGCGGUCAGCAGUGUCUGCUGUGAGUGGCCCACGGUGCGUGGCCCGUUUCGACUUCGAAGGGGAGCAGAGCGACGAGCUGAGCUUCUCCGAGGGGGACGUGAUCCGGCUGAGAGAGUACGUGGGGCAGGAGUGGGUCCGGGGAGAGCUCAGGGGCCGCACAGGCAUGUUCCCCCUCAAUUUUGUGGAAAUCGUGGAGGACCUGCCCUCAUCCCCGGCCCAGCCGUCCCCACAGACAAAGCUGAAGCUUCCUGGCAUGGAUUCUUCAUCUAAGAGCCAAGGGAAGCCCACUCAGCUGGAGUCUGCGGGGGGCCAGUGGGCGGUGGCCCGGUACGACUUCAUGGCCGAGACGGAGCAGGAGCUCUCCCUCCAGCAGGGAGACCGUGUCCAGAUCACGGAGCACGUGGACGCCGACUGGUGCUCUGGCAGGCUCCGCGGCAAGGACGGCAUCUUCCCCAUGGCUUUUGUGGAGUUCUGCGCAGGCCCUCCUGUUGAGAAGGCGGGGGCUCCUGGAAUGAGACGAGCUCGAGCCUUGUAUGACUUCACCUCUGAGAAUAAUGAUGAGCUCUCCAUGACGGUCGGUGACAUCAUCACAGGCGUGGAGUCCGUGGAUGAGGAAUGGUUUGUCGGGGAACUAAGGGGCAGACGGGGUCUGGUGCCAAAGAGUUACAUCCAGCUGCUGCAGGAAGGCUGAACGUGUGAUUAUGGCCAAAGGAGCGCGGACACUGCGAAUAGUUAUUUUUUGUUUUUACCUGGAGAUCUUGGGGAAGACUCUGAACAUGUGGUGUGAGACUGCGGAGCUGCACCUCAAUGUGUAUCUUACUGAAGUGCCUUCUUCGACAUCGCAGUAUUCCCCCCCCGGCACCUAAACUCAGCUCCCUCUUUCACGCAGGCAGUAGUGCCGUCUGCAUAAAGACAGAUGCCAUAUGAAUCAGUCCAGGACAAGUAUCUAUAACAAUGUGGAGGUGGGGCAGGCAGGUGAAUGAGUGUGCCCCCCCCCCAUAAUGGACACACCCACCCAGUGGGACACAUUUUUUGUGCGAUGCUGUAAACGGCCAUUAAGCAUCCCUUUUAUUCAAGACAUAGCUUCAUUAAUGACCAGCCACUAUUAGCGGUACAUGUAUGGCAGGGUAUGAGAGCGCCCCCUAUGGCUAGUGUUGUGAACAAUCUGACAGUAUUCCUGUUACUGAGUACUGAGCCCAUUUACCGUAUGCCAUGUUUCUCAAGGCUGAUUGUUUUCCCUACUUCAUUUUAAAUGUUAACUCUUUUCUUCUUGGGAUAUAUGCAAUAUUUAAAUGUCAAAAUAGGAGAAAGACAUCCUGAUUUGUGAUUUCUGACUCUGUUUUUAGUUCAGGAAUUGAAAUAAGGUUUUAUGCUGGUUUUCAAUGCUUUAAAAGUAAAUGGUCAAAUUUA